AUGUCCCCAACAGAGGCAAAUGCCACAUCCUCACGAUCGCACGCUGUUCUUCAAAUCAAUGUGGCUCAAAAAGAUCGCAAUGCCGAUAUUCACGAGCCGCAUACGAUGGCAACUUUAAGUAUCAUUGACUUGGCGGGGAGUGAACGAGCCAGUGCCACAAAAAACCGAGCUGCAUCAAUGCACUUUGUGACCCCCCGGAAGCGGAACCAUGUCCCUUACAGAAACUCGAAGCUCACCCGGCUACUGAAAUUUGCCCUUGGUGGAAAUUGCAAAACAGUGAUGAUUGUUUGUGUGAGCCCAUCAAGCCAACACUUCGACGAAACCCAAAACACCCUGCGCUAUGCGAACAGAGCGAAGAACAUCCAGACUAAAGUUACGAGAAAUGUAUUCAAUGUGAAUCGGCACGUGAAGGAUUUCCUGGUGAAAAUUGAUGAGCAGAUGGCCUUGAUUAACGAACUUAAAGCACAGCAGAAAGACUAUGAAAAGGUCGCUUUUGCUAAAUUCAAGAAGCAGAACGAAAAGAAGGAUGCAGUCGUACGCGAAGGUGUCGCCCGUAUCCGCAAUGCAUAUGAACACUCGUUGCCAGAGAGGCAGGAAAGGACCAGCAACAUGAUCAAAUUGAGACAGGUUAGCCGCAGGAUCGGCAUGCUGUCGUCCUGGAUUGCUGCUUUUGACAACGUGUGUGCAAAUUGCGAACUCAACCCGCCCUUGUCAAGUCUCCAAGUGAUCCGCAAAACCGCCCAAGGAAUCCUACUUGAGUUAGAAGACAGCAGGCAACACUACCACCAAAGGUUGGCAAAGAGCAGCUGGGACCGAGGCAUAAACUCAGCUCUCGAAAACGCCAUACAACAACUCAAAGAUUUCGAAAUUAGUGAUAAGAGUGACUACACCAACUUCCAGCGUGAAGCGGAGCUCCUGAAGUCAACUACAGAGCGAGAAGCACUGGCUGCAGUAGCUGAGCAUGAUAAGGUCGGGGAGGCAACAACUAUACAAACUCUUCUCCAAGAGCAAUUUGAAACCAUUUCAGCGAUAGAGAACAUUAUGCAGCUAAGCGAAGAGGAGGCCGUUGACAAAGGAAAGAAAAUUCUUGUGAAAAUGCUCAACUCUUGCUCCGCUGUGACAUCAAACAUUGUGAAACCAGAUGGCAACACACUUGCUCAGCCCUUCAGUCCUCUCAAAGCCAACUCACCGAAGAAGAAGAGACCAAGCUUAGCUCAUCCUGUUACCAUUGGCAAGACACUAAGUGCACCCAUCACUUUCGCACCAGCUGCACCAACCUCACCUGUGAAGGGAUCUCCUCGGCGUCGCAAGAUGGGCGUUGGUAGAAAGAGUGUCAGUUUUUCACCAAAGAAGUCCCAACCCAAGACAAUAAAGCGGGGUGUCCGCUGGAGGGACGACGAGGAAGAUGGGACUUUGACGGAAUUCCAAAAGACACCACAAAAGCCGGAACCGACACCAGUUUCCGAUGGUAGUCCUACCGAGCCUCAGUUACCUAGGACAUCUCCUAUCCCACGUGGAAUUCCAGUGCCCAGCCGGAACUUCAGCCCUAUACACGGAUCUUCUCCCGUUCCAGCACCUCCAGAGCCAACCCUGAAUAUUCAAAAAAACAGCAACCGGUUCAAAGCCGGGUUUCUGUCCAAAAAGACCAACAGUUCACCAAUGGCACAACCCACCUCAACAACCAGCGAAAAUUCUCCCCUUCGCGACAUCGAAAAUAGCAGCUUCCUGAACCGCGCGUCCAUUGACCGCCCGUCGAGAAUCGCGGUUCGCACCUCAAGUGGAGGCUAUAGUAGUAGCCCGGUGUCAGACAGUAAAGACAACUGGAAGGCAAAUAAGGAUGAUGCAAGGCAGAUUAGCUCGGCAAUGAGACGUAUCUCCGGGGGGCAGUUCGGCUCUGGAUCGUCCGCCAACACUCUUCGCAUUCACCGUCGACGAAGCCCAGGAUCUGCAACCUAUGGAAGUUCGCCUCCUGAAAACACCAUGUUCACAGCGCAAGCUAGGCGGAUAGCAAAGGGCGAUAAGGAGGCCGAUUCCAAGCCUAGAGUAUUGAGUCCGCGCACUAUCCCAAUCAUGAAAAACACUCACCGCCGCACUACAUUUGGUGGAGAUAUGCGCCCCAGGGACAUCAGCCUUACAAGCCGAGAUGCCAUCAGACUUAGCACUAUGGCAAUGCCUAACAUUGAAAGGGCCUCGGAAAGCUUCUAUCCUAGCUCUAGUGCAAGAAUAAGGUAG